UUUAAAUAUACAGAUUAAUUACAGAUAGAAGACCAGAUUGAAAAGAAAAACCACAAAGAUAAACAUGAAUGGAUAAGAUGAAUAAACAAAUAAAUGCCAGGGGUCCUAAAUAACCAAUAAGAGACAUUGACAACAUUUAAAUGGGAGUCUCAAAUCCACACGGGCAACCAGUCUUUGGUUCUCUUCGACACAUGAUAUCCAACAAGACUUGCCAAAAAGUUACAAAGGCAGGCUAGCACAAUUACCAGUGAGAUACAGCAAUGAUUUACCCACCCCGAUCUUUCUCCUCCUAAAUCAGCCGAGGAGAGCAUUAAGUUGCCAGCACACUGUGGGGUAAAGCGACACGGAUAUCUCAGACUCCACCAAUCUCCGGCAGAAGCUGUGACACCUCGCUUUGCAGACCGCAAAGCUAGGUGAGUAUUUACAAUUAUUUAUUUGUCAUUUACACGCUCUUAUAUAUAUAUAAAAAAAACUGUUACAUUACAAUGUAGAGUAUUUCAAUGAGUUCCUCUGAGUAAUGUUUGGAAUAUAAUGCCAACGUUCCCAUGCUUUCUUCAUGUCAUAACUUUUGAAAUACAACUGUGCUAAUACCUUGGUAUGCAACCCUUUUGAAAUUACAAUUACCAGUGAGCUGGUGCAUUGGAAUGUGGUCUGUCACUUAAGGAGAAGCCGGAAACAGUAGGCAGAGUUCUCGCAGGAAUGCUUACAUGCUUUACUAGGUUGUCACAAUACACAACAUUCUUCAGGGAGUUAUUUUAGAGACUAUAAUAAUUCUGUGCAUAAUUUUCUCUUCAUCUGUUCAAAUUACGUGCUGGAGUGCAUCAAUGAAAAUUGGGUGAUGAGGUACACACAGAGCAUAUACUGUAUUUGUAAUUUAUGAUAACAAAAUAAAUAAUGUAAAUAGUCUAUUUUGUCACACAAAACUUACUAUGUGAAUGCACAAUAAGCCUUUUAGACGUGAAUGAGUAUUAGGAAGAUGUCUUGUUAACUGCUUUUAGGUGCUGUCGAAAUGUCAGCGAUGCAUUGGGAGGCGAGACGACGUCAGAGUGCUCUGGAUCGAAGGCUGGCUAAAGACAAGCAGCAAGUGUUGAAAAAAGUUGAGAGCAGCUGUAAUAUAACUGAAUCAAAUUCAUCAGAGGAGCAAACAGUUCGAUACCACUGUCCCCACUGUAAGCGUGAAUUGAAGGCACCUAUCGGUCACACUGGAAAGAUCCCCAACAGAUACUCAUCUUUACAGUACACACAACAAUGGUGAGAUGGAGAUGUUAGCGCUUUGAAGAUAACCUUGGCUCGACAUUGCUCAGGCUAAUGGUCAUUUUAAUACUAACAUAUCUGACUUAAAAAAUAUGUUUUGAAGUUAUGAUAUGAACUGUAUUUUAUGAACAGAUACAAAAUACAGCUUAAGAAGGCUAAAUUCACUAUUAGAUUUGCUCUGUUUUAUAAUACAGUUUAUGGAGGAUGUUAUUGUUACUUUCUAGGUGAUUGAACCAAAAAAUAAACUACACAAAACAAUUAAUUCUGAUUAAUUUUGCAUUUGUGGGAAAAAAAAAGAAUUAAAGCUAUGGCACGUUAUGUUUUCAUGAGUUUGGUCAUGUGAUGUUUGCAAAGGCAAGCCAGUGGGAAUUAUCAGUAUCAAAACAAAAUGGCUGCCACCCCCCCCACUCGUUGAAAUGAAUUAAAACAGGUUGAUUUUGAAAUCUGCAAU